AUGUUGCUAAGGUGCUGCCGCCAUGCGGAUCCAGGGGAGGUCACUGUCCCUCUGCUGCGCAGCAGGGCCCACCGUAAGGGGUGGAGUGGGAAAGAAGAGACUCGGGAGGCUGCCUGCGUGGAGGCUGAAAGCUCUUCUGGGAACCAGGGCUGGGAGGGGGCAGCCGGCUGGGCGUUGACCGCCUCUCCCACCCCAGCCUGGCAGCCUACGAGCAGUGGCAAGAACUUCUCGAGGGUGGAGGUGGAGCUGAGCUGGUCCGAGGCGCUGCGCUAUUGCCGGCGGCACCACACGGACCUGGCCGACCUGCAGAGCAUGAACAGCGCGCGCAGCGUGGGCUCGCUCUACGCCCUCACCAGCAGCGCGCAUGCGUGGAUCGGCCUCUUCUUCGACGUGCGCAUUCAGGGCCUGAGCUGGUCCAGCGGCUCCGCCUUCACCGCGCCGGUGUGGAGCUCGCUGCCGGUCUUCAAGGAGGGCGUCUGCGCCACCCUGUACUCCAUCUCCAUCUUCCCCAGCCUGGGGGCCGCCUCGUGCACGGCGCAGAAGCCCUUCAUCUGCUACUACGACCCUGCUGUGGGGCACCGCCUCUUCACGGAGCCUGCUCUUAGCCCAACCACCUUUCCAAAGCCAGCCGUGGUCCAGAUUGGCCGACAGACGUUCCUGCGGUUUUCCCGGGAGCUGACCUGGCAGGCGGCCCUGCUCUACUGCCGCGGCCACCACACGGACCUGGCCGACCUGCAGCAGGUGACCGACGAGGCCGGCAGGGAGGACUUGAGGUCCAUCACUGAGGAGACUGAGGCCUGGAUUGGCCUCUACUUCAACCCAGCCUCCGGGGCCCUGAGCUGGUCGAGCGGCCUGGGCGCCAGCGUCCCCACCUGGCUCCAGGUGCCGAAGUUCGGGGCAGGACUGUGUGCGGGGCUCCGCACCUACGCACGCUACCCCCCCAGAGUGUACGCGCUGGCCUGCUCCGCCCUGAAGCCCUUCAUCUGCUUCUACGACCCCACCAUUGGGCACUGGAAACCAAACUGGAUGGGCAAGGCCAGGCGUGCAAGAAGCAGACCGCCACAGCGGGGCCUGGGGGAGCGGAGGCCGGUGUGCACCCCACUCUGUGCUGAGUCCGGCUUUGGUCGCUGGAUGCCACCUGUCCUUGUCCGCGGCCUGACGGGACCCCACCCCCCGCCCCACCGCCGCGUCCCCAGCCUUCCCUCCUGCUACAAGGAUGAGCGCAUGAGCGCCAGGCCCGGCUUCCACAGCAUGGCUCCAAGCUCACCUCUGGCCGCCCCCUGUCACCCCGCCAACAGCUCUCCAGCCCCCGGGGGACCACGCCGCCCCGUGCCCUCCCUCCUAGCCCACGCGCCCCAGGAGCUCCUAGCCCUGCAAGGAAGGGCCCUGGCCCCUGCAGGAGCUCCCCAGGACCGAAGAGAGCGCCUCGAAGCCUUCGGGCUCCUUGAGGACGGGAUGCAUGCCUCAGAGACAGCGCUGUCGUCCGUAGGAGCCGGCAGCGAUGAGAGAGAGACAGCCAGGGCCGCUCAGGCCCGAAGUCUGAGCUCAUCUAAGCACCCGGCGUCUGCAGAAACCACCCCGGCACCCGCCCCAGGGAAACUCUUUGGAAUCCUGAAAGCAGAUUUUACCAUCCCAGCUCUGACAGACCCAGAAGAUCUGAAAGACCAAUUUUUGAGGGAGAUCCAAGAAGUCUUAAAGCUUACAUUAGGCCAUGAGCAAUUCAGACUGAAAUGGGUUGACUGCGAAGUAAACAAAGACUAGCCCAUGUCGACUGACCUGGAGUCUGUUCUCGCAUAAUCUUCUCUGGGUUCUGAGGGCAAAAUUUUCAUUCCUAGUAGGUCAGACAAUACAUCUGUCCCAGGCUUUUAGAAAUAACUCCAGCUAUAUGGGGAGGCUAACUGGUAGAA